UUCACUUGCAUUUAUGACAUAUUGUACAGUAUGUUGCAGGAAAUAUUUUUUCAACGUUUUAAAUAUUGGAGAAAAUGUGGAGUUUAAUAGAUGACAACAAAUGCUAGAAAGACUGUACUACAUAUCUGCGCCUGGCUACUGAAAACUUUUUAGCAGACCUUUUAAUUAAGGAUAUCCUUUGGAGACACGAAUGUUUUUCCUUCAAACGUUCCUGAUUGCUGAAACUGAUGAGUGAAAGUGAGGAGUUCCCACAGAGGUUCUCUCAUACUUGAUGUGGAUUGUUCACCAAAGAAGGAUCCACCUUUUGCAGCAAGAUUUCAAUGAACCUACCAUUACCACCUAAAAGCCAAAAAUAACCAUGCUGACGAAUAAAGCCAUGCAUGUAGCUGUGUGGGUAGCAUGUGGAAUCUUGAGUAACAUGGUGGUAUGUACACACCAAUGUAACAUCAAAGUUGUCAAGACUGUCUCCACCAGAAACUCUAUAAUCAUCACAUUAAAUAACAAAGAUGGUAUAUGCCAGUACAGUGUUUUUAUCAGGGAACAACGCAAAGACUCAAACAAAUGUCAACCGUCCCGGGAACAUCUCUCACAUGUUGAAUGCAAAAUUGAGAAUUUGGAUCCUGGAACCUGGUACCACCUGAACAUCACAUCAAGGAUGGAUGAAAAGCAACAAAUGCAACAGACUCUGUCUCUGCCAACUAGGCCAUCAGGAGUGGAAAAUCUCCAAUUCCUAGCUAAUUCAAACUGUUUGAACAUUUCCUGGCAUCCUGGCCCAGGCAAAACAGAGCGGAUUUGGAUUGUGCUAAUGGACGCCAGGACCACACUUUUAACCUGGAAUUCAACGCUUGCUAGUACAGCAACCUCGUAUGUUGUAGAAAAACUCAUUCCUGGACGGCUCUAUAACGUAAGUGUUGUAACAGAGGUUGGGGAGAUACAGAAUUCAGUGUGUGGCCAAGCACAAACAGUGCCUGCAGCUGUUUCUCAUCUCAGAGUGGAGAACAACGGCAGCCAAAACAGCCUCAAGGUUUUCUGGGAUAAAGCCUCUGGUGACGUGGACAGUUACAUUGUCAGUCUGACUUCACCUGGUUCAACUCCCAUUAAGAGAAAACUGUCUUCAGAAACUACAAAUGUCAUGUUUGACAGCUUAAGCCCUGGAAAGUCCUACCAGGUGUUGGUCAACACAACGAGUGGACAUCUGUCUAAUCAGAAUUGGUCCACAGGAAAAACGGCUCCAGGGAAGGUGUCAGAUGUUUUCAUGGAGAACAUGGCUGAGCAUGGCCUGCUGAAGAUCACCUGGACGCCCCCUUCAGGAGAAUGGGAUCAAAUCCGUGUGGUGCUUUCAAAUGGAAGUGAGAUCCUAGCUAACCAAACAGUAAAUGGAACAGCAAGAAAAAUUAUGUUGUCAGGUUUAAAUCUGCAGUCAGGAAGAUUAUACAGCGCUGCGCUCAGUGUGAAGAGUGGAGGCCUGGCUUCUACGGUUUAUUACCAAGAGGAAAUAGGUUUUCCACCAGUGUCACAAUUACACAUUCGUCACUCAGAUGAAACGUCCAUUAGUGCUCUGUGGAGUCACGCUUCUGGUUCAGCAUCACGGGAUGGCUACAUAGUACAGCUUUUCGAAGGCAACAAUUCAACAGUUACUCAGACACGAACCUUAACUCGUGACAUGAGAGAGUGCACCUUCAACGUUCUCACACCUGGACGACUUUACCGCCUCAUUGUAACAACCACCAGACAGAAUCUUCGCAGUUCUGUGACACUGGAAGGAAGAACAGUGCCUUUGAUAGUGAAUCAUUUGAAACUCUGCAACAAUGGGAAUACAGACAGGCUGAAGGCCAGCUGGGAGAGACCACAUGGCGAUCUGGAUUUCUACCAUCUGCAGCUCUUCUGUCACAAGCAGGCGGUCUUCAACAUUUCUGUUCUAACGAACACCACAUCGAUUGUACUGCCCUUCCAGAGACCUGGCACUUUAUACAAGCUACUGGUAACUAGUGUUAGUGGAACACAGAUGUCCAAAUACGCAGAAGCUGAAUGUCGCACAGUGCCUGCUGCUGUUUCUGUUGUCACGGUAACAAAUAACACUCCAGACUCUCUGAAUGUGUCAUGGAAGCCUGCUGAGGGAGAUGUGGACAGUUACAUGGUGAUGCUGAAAGACCAGGAGAAAAUAGUACACACUCUUGCUGUGUCUAAAGCCUCAAAAGAUUGUGCAUUCGGCAGUCUUGUUUCCGGUCGGCUGUACACAAUAUUCAUCACUACACACAGCGGCAGCUUUAGGAACCAAACUGUUUUACAGGGGAGAACAAAACCAUCCACAGUGCAGAAUCCCACAGCCAUCCACUCGGCGAGAGAUGACUUCCUAAAGGUUUACUGGAAUCAAGCAUCAGGAGAUUAUGACCAUUAUGAAGUGAUGAUCGAGUAUAACAGCACACUUCUUCAAAGCCAGAACCUCAGUAGGACUCAGAGCGAAUGUGUGUUCAGUGAUCUUGUUCCAGGACGACUCUACACAGUGACUAUCGCCACGUGGAGUGGAUUUUAUAACGCUUCUGUUUCUAUACAUGGCCGAACAUUUCCUGGUGCGGUGGAUAAUUUGUCCUUGAUGGAUAGUGGAACUACGUUUCUGAGGGUGACUUGGUCUCCUGCUCCAGGUGAUGUUGAGAACUAUGAGGUCCAGAUCUUCUUCAAUGACACACAAGUGUUACCGGCUGUGAAUCUGAGCAGCACAGUUAGGGAACACAUGUUCUCUGAGCUCACACCUGGUCGGCUUUACAAGAUUGUGUUAUCCACUCACAGCGGCCCAUUCCAGCGUGCUGAGAUCACCAAAGGACGUACAGUUCCCAGUCAGGUUCAAAAUAUUAAUCUCACUGUUGGGCCUGGGGAUGGUCUCACAGCAUCCUGGUACUCUGUCGAAGGAGACUUGGACUUCUAUUCAGUGUCUCUUUCUCAGGGGACACAUGUACAGGACAUCAGAAAUGUUCCUAAACAUAUCACACAGACAGAGUUCCACAACCUGUUACCUGGUCAGCUAUACUCAGUGACCGUGCAGUCGGUAAGCGGGCAACUGACAAACAACCAUACAACAAACCGACGAACGGACCCCUCCGCUGUGACAGCCCUGCAGGUGGAUAAUGAACUCAGCACCCACAGUCUCCGGGUGAGCUGGAGGCCAGCUGUGGGGAUUUAUGACGGAUACAAACUGCAGUUACUGGAUGAGAGCGAGAGAGUGAUGGGCAACACGAAUAUGCCCGCUGAUACCAGCCGGCACCUGUUCAGCGGAUUAAUUCCAGGUAGCUGGUACAAAGUGAGCGUACAGACCCUCAGCAGUACUUCUAAAAGCAAAGAGGUCACAGCAGAAGGACAGACUGCUCCAGCAACAGUGUCUGGACUGCAUAUGUGCUCCAACACGAGCAGCAAUCUAACAUUCUGCUGGGCUGCACCAGAGGGCAGGAUCGAUGGGUUCGAUCUGUAUCUGUAUGAUCAAAGCGACACCCUGCAGUCCAGCAAGACGCUAGCGGAGGAGACAUUGAGCUGGAGCUUUACGCACCUGCUGCCAGGGACGCUGUACAAGAUGCUUAUCAAUAGCAGAAGAGGAAAGCUGAAAAGUCAUGCCCCUAUAUGGGCACGUACAGCUCCUGCCUCAGUCAUAGACCUCAAGGUUGAGCAUCAGGGUGAGGCUGAAAGUCUUCUUCUGAGCUGGACACGAGGUCCUGGCAGUCUUACUGGAUAUUCAGUUUCUUUAAAUGGGCUCGAGCAGAAGUUGGGUCCAGAGAGCACUCAGGUUGUCUUUCGAGGUCUGGUGGCAGGUCGCCUUUAUACUGCAGUGGUUCAGAGCUGCAGUGAAGAUCUUACAAACACUGUGACAGCUGUAGGGCGCACAGUUCCUGCAUCACCAUCAUCAGUGUCUGUCAGCGGUUCUUCUGGCUCACUAGAGAUAACAUGGAACGUUCCAGCAACUGGAGAUUAUGAUGAUUUUGAAGUGACGUGGUUUCCUCCGGACACAGUUAAUAUUUCUAGGCAUUAUCCCACCCAUCGCAUCCUGAAAGGACUUUAUCCUGGACGGCUCUAUAAUGUCAGCAUUUACACUGUCAGUGGUAAGACACGUGGUUUUAUGACCUACAGUGCUCCAGUGUACCACACAAUCAGAACACCUCCACUCCAAACCCCAAGCAUUCACUGUUACCCCAGAAGUCCCACCUCUUUAUCUUGCUUCUGGACGCCUCCAGAAUCUGAUUUUAAUGGCUACAUAGUGGAAUGUCAUAAGCAAAGCAGCAAGACUCCAGUGUACAGCUACAAACUGGGACACAGUGCUCUCUCACAGCAGUUUGACCGAUUGGAACCCUUUAGAAACUACACUAUCUCAAUAAUGGUGAUCGCUGGGGACAAGCAGAGUUUAACAGCACAGAACAGCGCUAUCACCAUGAUCGACCGGCCACCCACACCACCAAUGGCGGUGCGAGUCAGCGAGCCAACAGCGAUUAUCACACAUUCCACCAUUCUGUUUAAAUUCAACUGCAGCUGGUUCAGCGAUGUAAAUGGUGCCGUUCGUUUCUUUACAGUCAUCGUUGCAGAGUCAAAUGAGGUUGAUUAUGUACUACCAGAGCAGAGACAUCCACUCCCCUCUUACCUGGACUACAGACACAACCGAUCCAUCAAGGCCUACCAGACCGGAUACUUUCACAGUUUGUGUGCCGAGGUCUCUGACAGCAAGAUCCGUGUCUUUGAGAUAAACCUGGGAGCUGGGAUGAAGCGUUUAGGGGGAGUUUGUAAAUGGGAUCCUGAAUCAAUCCAGCAUGGAACACAUCUUUGUGAUGGACCACUCAGACCAAGAACCGCAUAUAGAUUAAGUGUGCGUGCCUUCACUCAGCUGUUUGAUGGCGAGAACAGAGAAUUUGCUCAAGCACUUUACACAGACACCUACUUCUCCCUCCCUUUGUUAACUCAAUCAGCCCCACGGGAUGGAGUCAUGGGGGUUAUCACAGCUGCAACAUUUCUGAUUACCAUUGUGAUCGCUGUGAUGGCAUUACUGAUAUACAGGAAGAGAGCUCACAAAAUAGCCGUACAGGAGAGUCCAGUAAUGAAGAUGUGUAUGUGGAAAGAGUUGCCCACCUCACAAAUGCGCUCAGCAAUACGGAGCCCUGUCAGAGCAGCAAACUUUGAGAACCAUCUCCAAAAACUUCAAGCUGAUUCUAGUUACUUUCUCUCCGAAGAGUUUGAGAACCUAAAGGAUGUGGGACGAAGCCAAACCCAAAACGCUGCACGCUUACCUGGGAACCGAAGCAAAAACCGAUACAACAAUAUACUCCCUUAUGAUUCAACGCGUGUGAGAUUGUCUUGCAUGAAUGGCGAGCCCUGCUCAAACUUCAUCAACGCCAACUACAUGCCUGGAAACAAUUUCAAAUGGGAAUAUAUUGCCACACAAGGGCCUCUUCCAGGUACCAAGGAGGAUUUCUGGCAGAUGGUGUGGGAACAAAAUGCACACAGCAUUGUUAUGGUGACCCAGUGUGUUGAAAGGGGAAUGGUAAAGUGUGACCGAUACUGGCCGCCUGACAGUGAGCCUUUGUGUUACGGUGAUGUUGUGGUGCAGAUGAUCUCCGAGAAGAUCCUUCCAGAAUGGACAAUUCGUGACUUUAAGAUUUUAUGUGAUGGUCAGCUGAGAUACCCCAGGAUGGUCCGUCAGUUCCAUUACACCAUUUGGCCGGAUCAUGGUGUACCUGAGACAACCCAGUCACUGGUUAAGUUUGUGCGAACAGUCAGAGGCUACAUUAACAGGACGUCCAGUACUGGAGUCAGUGUAGUACACUGCAGUGCUGGUGUGGGCAGAACUGGCACAUUUAUUGUGCUAGAUCGUGUUUUACGGCAACUGGACAGUAACUGUACUGUGGAUAUUUAUGGCUGUGUGUUUGAUCUUCGCCUGCAUCGGCCGUGUAUGGUGCAAACUGAGUGUCAGUAUGCAUAUAUUCACCGGUGUGUGCGUGAUGUUCUAAGGGCCGGCAAACUUGGUUUUGAACGACAUAACCCUCUUUUCCCCAUCUAUAACAACAUAUAAGACUCCAAAAGGAAGCCGAAACGUUUCGUUAUUCUACACAUCAGCUAUCAAAACAGCGGAGUGAAAGAGCAAAGUUUCCCAGUCCUGUUAUAAUAAAGAUCAGCACUCUCGGGAAAAAGCUAAUCAAACUGUCUUUACAGAUUUUGUGUAUACAGAUGUUCAAAACCUGUAUAACAUCUGCUAUAGAAUAGCUAAGUAUAUAUUUGUAAAACAAUUUAAAUGAUAAUGCAGUAAUAAAACAGUUCUUUAUAUUUCU